AUGGACAACCCUCCAACUCCUACCUCAGAGCGCUUCAUGGAGCUCACGCAGAACCCUCAGCAUCGGAUUCCUGACAUUCCUCACCAUCUGGUCCCCACCGCCAAACUGCUCCAUGGUGAGGCGAAGACAUCCGCCAUCCAGGGCGAGGACAUGGUCUCCCGCCACCGGACUCCCUCUACCUUCGACACCGAGAGCCAGUCUCCCUUUCACGCCUCCUCCACAGACCCUCUAGACCUUUCCCGGCGCCUGAAGACUAGGUCCGAGCUUGACCACAUCACCGCGAACACGGCUCGCAAACGUAAUGCCUGCAACCCUCUGGUCAUCACAGGCCGGUCCCCACAGUCAAAGAUCACAGAAUUUUAUGAAUCGCAAAACGAACAGAUACAGAGGCUCUUGAAGCCAGUGGACGAGCAUGUCAGGGAAGCAAGAGACACACAUACUGCGAACAACCUACGCUAUCAAAUUGCUGUAUAUGGUAGUUUCGUGGCCAACAUUAUCCUGGCUGUUCUACAGCUUUACGGUGCCAUAUCAUCACGAUCCUUGUCGCUCUUCACGACCAUGGCCGAUGCAAUCUUCGAUCCCAUGUCCAAUGUCACGCUGAUCGUAUCGAAUAAGGCGGUGAAGAAAGUCGAUGCACGAAAGUUCCCGGCCGGAAGAUCACGCAUUGAAACAGCUGGCAAUAUUGUUUUUUGCUUCCUUAUGACAUCCGUCAGUUUUAUUCUGAUUGCGUUUUCCGUUCAGGAACUCGUCCGCGGAAACGACAGCACUACUAAGAAUUUUCAUCUUCCCUCGGUGAUUGCUGUCACAGUGGCUUUCUGCACCAAGUUGGGCUUAUUCUUGUAUUGCUGGGCCUUGAGGAACCAGUACUCCCAGGUUCGCAUCUUGUGGGAAGAUCACCGCAACGAUCUUUUCAUCAAUGGCUUCGGUGUGCUUACUUCCGUUGGUGGUAGUAAGUUGCGGUGGUGGCUGGAUCCGGCCGGUGCGAUUGUGCUCUCAGUCCUUAUAUCGGUUCUGUGGCUGCAAACGGCGUACUCGGAGUUCCAGCUCUUGAUUGGUAUCACGGCCGACACUGAGACACAGCAGCUUAUUACGUAUGUGAGCAUGACGCACAGUGAUCGGAUCCGGCAGAUUGACACGGUGCGGGCGUGGCAUUCGGGUCCUCGACUCGUUGUUGAGGUGGAUGUGGUCAUGGAUCCCGAGGAGACUCUGCGCGUCUGUCAUGAUAUAGCAGAGGAGCUGCAGAUGAAGCUGGAAAGGCUUCCGGAUGUUGAGAGGGCAUAUGUUCAUAUUGACUUCGAAACAGACCACCGGCCAGAACACUUCUUGAAAAAGGAGCUGUGA